AUGGAUUUUUUGGCUGCAAGCAUCGCAUACCGAACCGCCGUCACAAAAUGCCACCCGGGGGACUGCAAAAUACAGGACAAGAUCCUGUAUUGCUCCGCAAUUCUCAAGCAGGCCGCGGCCGGGGAUUCCGACAUACAAGAUGCGCGCAUGCGCUUUCAGGCAUGGCAUACCAACUACACCGCUGGCCGAGCGGCCACACCCUCCCUUGACGAGCACCUGCGCGAUGCCCCAGACGUUCGAGCCGCCACCCUGGAGUCUCUCGAAGAUUUAGUCUCGGCAUUCAAAUGCGGAGCAAACAGCUCGGUAGACCGGGCGUUAAUGCAAAAGGCUGUUGAGUCUCUGGAACACAUCUCCAUCUUCCUUGAGAUGCCAGCUUCGGUCGAUUGGUACAAGAAGGCCAGAUAUGUCAACGUUGACCAUUUCAUCCCAAUCGACAAAAGUCACAUUGACGAGCUGUUCCCAAAAGCAGACCCGGUACUCCGAGACAGGCUGCUGCAGGGUGUACUGAGUCGCAGGAGGGCUCUGCGCUACGCCCGGGAGCAUAAGGAGGAAUUAGCAAAAGAAGCGCCAUGUCCGCAGGAUGAAGAGGGAGACGAAAAUGAAUCAUCUGAUUGCGACGACGAUGAGACCGCGAGACAUGUAUCUUCCGAUGUGCUCCCCUACGUGUGCACAUUCAUUGAUUGUGAAGAACUGGGCCGACUAUUUGAGAGUCGCGGCGAGUGGUAUUUCCACGAGCUCAGUCACCAUCGGAGAACCUGGUUCUGCAUCCGGGACUGCUUAGAGAAGUUUGACUCCAAGUCAGCUUUUGAAGCCCAUUUGAGCGUCGCUCACGGGGAGUUGGGGGGUGUCACCCGGGCCGAGGAGCUCGGGGCGCAUAGUACACGACUGCCGGAGCCGGAGACAUCGAUGUGCCCAAUGUGCGGUGACGAGAUACGAGAUCCCGAACUGGUCAUGGAACAUAUUGGUCGUCAUCAAGCCCAGCUCGGCCUGUGGACUCUGCGCAGCAUGGGAUAUUUUGACGAUGAGGAUGACCAGGAAGGAUAUGAAGAAGAUGAAGAGGAUGAUGCCGAAAUGAGUGACGAUGAUGACAAGGUUCCGGACAAUCCGGCGCCGAGCCAAGACGCGGCCGGCUCCGAUUCACCACCUCCCGGAUCUACCGAGACGUGGCCUUCAUUCGACCGCGAAAGUUACAAAGUAGGGUGGGUUUGCGCUUCGCCAGACGACCUUGCUGCCGCAGUAGCUUGCCUUGACGCAAGACACAAGGCAGUGCAGCCCAUCCCCCGAGACGGUAGCUAUUACGAGUUCGGUGAGAUCAACGGACAUCGUAUUGUGAUAUGGUGCUAUGGUGCAGACGGGAAUCGGCAGGCUUCGGUUGCAUGGCCUGCAGCUGAAAUGCCAUACAAGUUUCCCGGGGUCAAGGUUUAUGUAUCUGUCGGCAUUGGCGCGCGCGUGCCGUCGAGACAUGCCAACAUUCGGCUUGGGGAUGUUGCAGUCGGCUCUUCCGGCACGAUGCACUUUGGUAUGGGCCAGGAUGGACUUUUAGAAUUGCAGAGCCGCUCGAAUCUCCCACCCCGGCUCCUGCGCAGUACCUUACAAAAGCUAUUGGCAGACUCUGAGACUGGACGCUUCCAGCUCCAAGGUGAUAUCCAAUCCAUCCUCGACAAGAAUCCUCGAUUGCGCGACGACUACUCGCGGCCAGAUUCGAGCUCAGACAAUGGUGGCCGACCAGCCGUCGGACGUUCCGGCCUGAUCGUUUCUAGCACCACCAUGCUCACGAAUGACAACUGCCCAAAGGCGGUGGCGAAUACAGAAGAAAUCGUCUGUUUCGAAAGCGAAGGUACCGAAAUAUCGGCAUUGGAUUGCCUGCUGAUACGAGGCAUCUGCGAAUAUGGAGACAGCCACAAGGAUAAGCAGUCGCAGCGCUAUGCUGCCAUGUCGGCGGCAGUAUAUGCAAGAGCUCUACUGGGAUGCACGCCUCCCACCAUGAUAAAAUAG